AACAGCAGUAUGUGUAGAACCGCUUCCCAUGCUGCGCCGGAGAAUGCAGUGGCGUUGGGCCCGUGUUUUGUUCCACUUGCUCUCCCUUCACCGGAUGUGGGUGUUAUAUUCAAGAGUGGUGAUGACGUACGGCAGGAUCAGUUGGUCGUGCAACUCGUGCAGCUCAUUGACGGCAUGUUGCGAAAGGAUGGCCUUGAUCUCUGCCUCACGCCCUACCGCGUUAUGGCGACAGGGACGACGGAGGGUCUUGUGGAAAUUGUGCCAGAUGUCGUCACGUUUCAGAGUGUACAACGGGACAUUGCGGGAUACAUUCGUUCACAUAAUCCGACCAACAAGGCGUAUGAUGCUGCCAUAUGUCGCUUUACGAAGAGCUGCGCUGGCUACUGCGUUCUCACCUUUAUCCUUGGAAUUGGCGACAGGCAUUUAGAGAACAUUCUUGUGACGCACGACGGAAGGCUGUUGCAUAUCGACUUUGGGUACAUUCUCGGCAAUGACCCGAAGCCCUUCCCACCGCCGAUGAAGAUCAACAAGGAGAUGGUGGAGACACUGGGUGGGCCCCAGAGUGAACGCUAUGCGGACUUCAAGUCCUACUGCUGCAGCUCGUACAACAUUAUCCGGAAGCACGCACCGCUUAUUCUGAGCAUGUUGCUGCUCAUGGUGGAUGCGUCCAUUCCACAGAUAUCGGGCGAUGGCAAGUUGGACCCACGCGUAAAUUUGCUCAAAGUGCAGGAGAAACUGCGGCUGGACCUCUCAAAUUCCCAGGCGGCGCAGUACAUUCAAAACGUCAUCGCGGACAGCGUCGGAUCCAUCUUUACAAAUCUCUGGGACGUCAUACAUGUUGCAGCGCAGGCAACACGGCACUAA